AUGUGCACAAUCCACAUCGCAAAGUGCCCAGACUGCAACCACAUAACCUCCCUCACCCGCCACCCCUGCGCCAGCACACCGCGCGCCCGCCUCUGCCACAACAACCUCACAAACACCGUCACGACCUACCUCCUCCCAGGCCGCUGCGACGCCUGCCUCACCCGGACGGGGCCGUACCACGCGCUACCGCCCAGCGCCGCCGCCACCCCGCACGCCCUCCAGAGCAGCUUCGAGAGCCUCAGCAGCACGCUGGGUCAGCACUACGCCGCGCGGCUGCGGAUGGUCCGGAGGAAGUUGGCCUCGGGAGCUGGAAGAUUCUUCGGUUCGGGCGGACGUCGUGAAUCAACGCGAGAUGGCGAGGCGGGACGGGGACGUCGGUUCCAUUUGUGGAGGUGGACGGUCGAGAUCAGUCAGAGAGAAUCGAAACGUGGCUUUUGA